GGUCUUCUAGCCCGGAAAGGCCCGGACUUCCCGGAGGCGGCAAAUCCGGAGGAGCCGCUGUCGCCUUCAUGCUGCCCGCGGACUGCUCGCGCCGGCUGGUGGCCGAGCUGCGGGACGCCCUGGACGCCUGCGCUGAGCGACAGAGGCAGCUGGAGCGGAGCCUGCGCGUCUCCCGCCGACUGCUGCGGACCUGGGAACCAGCCGAGACCCCGGCUCCGCAGCCAACCCCAGCGCCAGAAACCAGUGGAGAGGCCCCAUCUCCGGAAUCCACACCCAGCUCUCAAGACCUCAAGGAGCUGGAGCUUCUGACCCAGGCGCUGGAGAAGGCUGUACGGGUGAGAAAAGGCAUCUCUAAGACUGGAGAAAGACACAAGGCCCUCAGCCUGAAGUCUGGGUCCGCUGCCACUUCUGCCACCACAGCCUCUGCCCCGUCCCGGCCCUCUGGCCAGGCUAGCUGUCGAGUCUCAGAGACAAAACCCCCCAGGGGCAUCCAGCAGACUGUGGUGCCUGCUAGGGGCCUCCCUGAGUGCAGGCUCCUGUCAGUGGGGGAUCGCACCCGUAUGGGGAGAGGAUCCCGAGCCACCAAGCCUGGACCAGGCCCCAGGGACCAACAGAUACCCCCAUCGGCUGCUCGUCAAGCCCCAGAAGCUUUCACACUGAAGGAGAAGGGGAUCUUGCUGCGGCUACCCAUGGCCUACAGGAAAGCGGCUUCCCGGAACUCCCGCCUGUGGGCCCAGCUCAGCUCUCCACAGACCAGUGACUCCAUGGAUGCCGCUGCCACCGCCAAAACCCAGUUCCUCCAGAAAAUGCAGAUGACUUCCGGCGGGCCCGGCUCUGGGCUCAGUGCUGCAGCGGUGGAGGCCGAGGUGGGGCUCCUGCGGACGGCCUGUUUGCUGCUGAGACGGCGAAUGGAGGAAGUGCUCUCGGCAGACCCUGCUGACUGCAUGCAGGAGUACCGCUGCCUGCUUACCCUGGAGGGGCUGCAGGCCAUCACGGAGCAGUGUCUCCACAGGCUGCAGGAGCUGCGUGCAGCAGUGGUGGGACAGCAGCUGGGGCCGUGGCCUGUGGGGAGACGCCCCGGAGCCUCACUGCCCUGCGGAGGAGGAACAGACCCUCUCUGGAGCCCCCAGCUUCUUCUCUACUCCAGCACCCAGGAGUUGCAGACUCUAGAGGCCCUGAGGCUGCGGUUGGCCAUGCUAGACCAGCAGAUCCACCUGGAAAAGGUCCUGAUGGCGGAGCUCCUCCCCCUGGUGGGCACACAGGGGCCACACUGGCUGGCGCUUUGCCGAGCUGUGCACAGCCUGCUUUGCGAGGGAGGGGAGCGCUUCCUCACCGUCCUUCGAGAUGAACCUGCCGACUGAACCUUUCCGUGGCCGGCUGCCACCCCCGAGCCCCGUUCCCAGGCCUCGGGACCCUGGCAUGAGGGUGACCUUGUUCGGACACUGAGACUCUUGGGAGAGCACUCCCUGCCUCCCCACUAGUUAACAGGGACUGAGAGGAUUUCCGAUGCAGAGAUGGUGUACCCACCCUGGGAAACCAGCUCUCCCAGGUGGGUUGAGGACAGUCCCCUGGCUCUUCCUGAGGAACCCAGGGCCCUUCUCACAGCAGCUAAAGCGAGUAGUCAGACCUCCGCUCGGCUUCGCCUUCCCCAGGCUGAGACCGGAGGCCUUUCUGGGGCUUUUUGUGGUACUUCUGUUUCUUCUCGCUUUAGAUCUAUAAGCCACUUGUGUGACAUUAACACUACUUUGGCAAGUACGUAUAUUGAAAUCACGCUAAGAUGGGA